GGUCUUCUUCCUAUCAGCAAUCUCUCUUCCAGUUUCAGAGGGUGAGGGAUAGGGAACACAAGGAAGACACACACACACACAAGUGGGAAAGUGUAGCUGUUUGUAUGUUUUGGACCUUCAAGCAUCAAGACUGGUUUCUCUAGAGAAAGAUACAUGGAGUAGUCUGCUGUUCUGUCUGGUUUAUCUUCCUUGUGCUAUGCAGGAGGGACUCGUAGCUUUCCUAGAAGCAAGCAACGAAGAGGAGGUGGAGCUUGGAGACGAUGCUGAGGAAAAGCAGCGGACCAGUUCUCAAGGAUCAAAGCAAAGGGUACCUGAUGUAUCAUUCAGCCUCAGGCUGCUGCUUCUCGUCUGAUGGUGUGGUGAAGAAGACCGGUGUGAGGUUUGGCAGCAGGGGCUCGUUAGAGUCCGAUGCAGUUUGGAGCCCUGCAUCUCCUUUGGACAAGGGCUUUAGCUCUGGCAUUAAUGGUCGGAUCAUAUGUUGGGACGGCAGCAGGGUAGGCCUCGGCCUGAUUGAUGCUCUCGGUGAUGAAUCCAGUCCAUGGGGGAAGGUGUUAGGGUUCCCCAGGAACGAGAACAUUGUGUUUGCUUCACAGAUGAGGUCCAACAUCUCAAUCCCCAAAUCACAUCAGGUAGGUUUGGGAGAUGAUUCUUUGGGAGCGGCUCCAAAAUCCUUGCAACCUCGGAUUGGAUCAUCCAAACCUGGUUCAGUUUGCUCAGGGAUGACCAUAGAAUUAAAAGGAUGUAGAUUGGAACAUGAGGAACUUGGACUGCUCCAUUCAUGUCCGGUGGAUACCGGUAGAUCUUUGCUCCUUACGAAAUCCAUCGGCAACAUCCUUAGGUCCAAUUCCGAAGUUCUUGUAUCAGAUUCUGAGAACUCCAUGGAUUCUUGGUCACUGGCCAAAGAGGACACCAGUUUUAGCUCUUCCUAUGAAUUUAUCAGUUCACUUUCAGCAAGCGAGAUCGAGCAAUCGGAGGAUUACACUUGCAUUACAUCUCAUGGUCCUAACCCUAAGAAGACUCACAUUUUUGGAGACUGCAUACUUGACAGCCACUGCAUUGAAUCACCAACCAUCAGGAACAAGCAGAGGAAAGACAAUGAAGGGUCUUGCAAGAAGAAUUCGGAGGGGGGAAAGCACAUCUGCAUGCAUAGAGUCAAGGAAGCCUUUGGUAGCUGCAAAUGUCGCGACCGGGGAUCUUCGCUCGAAAAAAGGAUAGAGAAAUCCAGAAUCACUUCAUCAGUCUCUCCUGCUUCAGCAUUCCAUGAGGAGACAUUUCUUGAUGAUAUGAAACUGGCUUCGUAGACCGGAUGUUUGCUCAUCACUAACACCAUUAAUAACAUGAGCAUUUAGAUUGGCAACACAAACAGUUUGAUCAUCCAGUCUCUCAGGAGCUGUCUGCGUGAAUUCUUCAGCGGUUGUCGAUGAUCACCAUGUACAUUCACCUGUUUGCCGAUCUUAUUUGUGUUCAUGAUAGUGUUGGGACAUAGCAGGGUCUGCUCCA